CUCCAUCCCAACACCAACAUUUUGCGCAAUACCUCUUUGUCGCAAUCACCAACAAGCAUACUGCUUGCACUCGACAGUCUCUUUCGCAGUCUCGUCGAUACCGACAGCCCAUUGUCGCCACUGCGCAUCCUCUGUAUCAGCCUACGCACCGUCCGCGACAGUCCCCAGCCCGCCGCCUUGCGAUUUCCCGCCUGUCGCAUUCCAGUCGCAACAGGUCGCACAUCACAUUGCGCCCGAGCCGCCCAAGUCAACGCAAGCUACACCUCCACAGUCCAGCAAGCGCAACUUCCCGCAGCAUCUUUCAGCUACAGCCGCAACCAUGUUGAUGCCCUCGGCCCUCUCCUGCGACUCGUCGCAGGCGCCAGUCACUCGCCUCCAGGCAUCGCUCUUCGCCUCACCCCCAGCCAGCCCUCCCGCCGCAUCACACAAUGCCUUUGGCAACAUCUUCAGCUCGUGUCGCGCCCUGCAAUCGAUGCUCACCGCGCCGUCGCCAAGUCCUUCAAGCAGCACGUUCAGCCAGAUGCCCACACCUCCUUUGGCCCACGCUGCCCUUCCCGAACCCACGCCCAUGAAGCUCAGACUCCGUGCGCGCAAAUCAGACAACGAGGCCGCCCCACGCAAGAAGAUUACAAAACGCAGCGCGCCGCCUCGCGGUCGCAACAAGCGCCGCCGGGGUCUCGAUGACGACAUGGGUCGCGACGACGUGGACAGCGAGCUCGAGCUGGAACAGUCCGAGUCCGAACAGGAGGAGGAAGCUGGUCCCGCUCAACCCACUACUCCGAAGCGCGCUCGUCUUGCGCCAGAGAUAAUACCCCUCGGUCUCGAGCGGUCAGACUUCCACAACCUGCACGCUCUACAAGGAUUUACCGACAUCGUGUCGGGACAGUCUGCGGACGCUGAGGUCGAGGCCGAUGGUGAGAGUUGGACUUUAGAAGACGACCGUAUUCUGGUCGAGCUCAUCCUCGAGAAGCUCAAGCUAUCGAAAUCGGACUGGCAGGACUGCGCCAGAAGUCUUGGCAAGGACCGGAGUAGUCUCGGUCGGCGCUGGAAGACGCUUGUCAAUGCCGGAGAUGUCGGCCUCAAGAACACGAGGAGUCGGCGGAACAAGAUCCACGCCACAUGGCGGUGAUGAUGCUGGGCGCCCCCUUCAGUUUCUUGAACUUCGUUAUUUGGUGUUCGUUUCGAGCACUUUUAUCGCAUGCUGGCCACCCUGCCCGCUUAGAGAUUUAUUUUGUCGCAAGCAUUUCUCAGAGGAGUUUAUCUGUUUGUCAUCUAACACACGGGGUCUUGAGGAGGGCCGCCAUGUGUUGCGGAGUUUGUUUUAGAUGAGGCCAGCGAGCCAAAGGCGUUAUUCCCAUCAAUGUGUUUCUGAGAUAUCCACACCACCAGUUGUCGACUCAUUUUCGAUACUUUCUACAUGGGCAAUGGUAUCUGCCAAUGCCAUGGCCACCUUUUUCUCAAGGGCUUGCAGCAAGACUUCUUCUUCUGACCAAGCAGUUCCAUGAAUAAUACAAGGUUAUACUACCAAUUACUCAAGACUGAUAUCUUGCAUA